UCUGUAGAUUUGUUUGGCUGCUUGAACUUCGUGUUUUUUUUUUUUUUUUUUUUUAGAUUUCCUGGUUUGGCUUUGCUGUAUGAGUAUUGGGUUUUUUCUAGUUUAAGCAUUUGAAAGGAUCUGAAUCCGUUCCUGAUUGGAUUUUCAGAUAUUUCUUUUUUCGGUUCCAGUUCGAGUUUCAGUUUCAGUUUCACAUCUUCCUCUGUUCUUGUUAGAGAAUUAAGAAGAAGAAGAAAAAAAAAAAGUGGUUUCUUGGUUCAAACUGCGACGGUUUGUAGAUUCUACUUUUAUAGAUUUCUAUCACGUUUCUGCUGUGAUCUCAGCAGGAGAGUUGGGUUUUUGAUCGAUUUCAGUUUCUCUAAAUUUCAAUCCUCUGUUUUCAUUCCGUAGAGAUUUCUACAUCCGAAAUCAUGUUAUCCGUUGCUUCUCCUGACACCAAACCUCCACCCCCGGCCCCCGAAGGCCCGCCUCCGGAGACCUUCAUCUUCCGAUCGAAGCUUCCUGACAUCUCCCUCUCCCACCAUCUCCCUCUUCACACGUAUUGCUUCGAGAAAGCGUCGGAGUUCCCGGACCGUCCGUGUCUGAUCACGGGAUCCAACUGUAGAAUUUACUCGUACGCCGAGGCCCACCUCAUUUGCCAGAAGACGGCAGCUGGGCUAUCGAAGCUGGGCAUCAAGAAAGGCGACGUGAUCAUGAUCCUCCUCCAAAACUCGCCCGAAUUCGUCUUCUCCUUCAUGGGCGCGUCCAUCAUCGGGGCCGUGACGACCGCAGCCAACCCCUUCUGCACGGCUGCAGAGAUCUACAAGCAGUUCUCGAGCUCUGCUGCGAAGCUCGUUAUCACCCAAUCUCAGUACGUAAAUAAGCUGCGGGACGCCAGCGAGAAGUUCCCGACGAUCGGAGACGAACUCCCCGUCAUCACCAUCGACGACCCGCCGGAGAAUUGCCUGCAUUUCUCUGUGAUCUCGAGCGCCGACGAGAGGGAAGUCCCGUCGGUCUCGAUUGAGCCGGACGACCCCGUCGCACUUCCAUUCUCGUCGGGGACUACAGGGUUACCGAAGGGCGUGAUCCUGACCCACAAGAGCUUGAUCUCGAGCGUGGCCCAGCAAAUCGACGGUGAAAAUCCCAACUUGCACUUGACGACUGAGGACGUCGUGCUCUGUGUAUUGCCUCUGUUUCACAUCUUCUCUUUGAAUUCUGUUCUGCUCUGCUCUCUUCGAGCCGCCUCCGGAGUUCUUCUCAUGCAUAAGUUUGAGAUCGGGACGCUGCUCGAGCUGAUUCAGAGGUAUCGGGUCUCGGUGGCAAUGGUCGUCCCGCCGUUGGUCUUGGCGUUAGCUAAGAAUCCAACGGUCGAGAAUUUUGAUUUGAGUUCGAUCCGGAUCAUCUUGUCCGGAGCUGCCCCGCUUGGGAAGGAGUUAGAGGACGCCCUCAGGAAUCGGGUCCCACAGGCGCUUCUCGGGCAGGGUUACGGAAUGACCGAAGCCGGACCCGUGCUGUCAAUGUGCCUCGGUUUUGCCAAGCAGCCCUUCCCAACCAAGUCCGGCUCAUGUGGGACUGUAGUGAGGAAUGCCGAUCUCAAGGUCAUCGACCCAGAGACCGGUUUCUCCCUCCAGCAUAACCAGCCUGGCGAGAUCUGCAUUCGGGGUCCUCAGAUCAUGAAAGGUUAUCUAAAUGACCCAAAAGCAACCGCAUCGACAAUUGAUGCUGAAGGCUGGCUACACACCGGUGAUAUUGGGUAUGUGGAUGAUGAUGAAGAGGUUUAUAUUGUAGAUAGGGUAAAAGAGCUUAUCAAAUUCAAAGGAUUUCAGGUGCCGCCAGCUGAACUUGAGGCUCUCCUAGUCAGCCAUCCGUCCAUUGCAGAUGCUGCUGUUGUACCGCAAAAAGAUGUAGCUGCUGGAGAGGUUCCGGUUGCUUUCGUUGUUAGAUCCAAUGGCUAUGAUCUUACGGAGGACGCUGUCAAAGAAUUCAUAGCUAAACAGGUGGUUUUCUACAAGAGGCUACACAAGGUCUACUUCGUUCAUGCCAUCCCAAAAUCUCCUUCAGGAAAGAUUUUGAGAAAAGAUUUAAGAGCCAAAUUGGCCUCAUCCUCCUAGAUAUAUCUGUGCCGUCUGAUUGUGGGACCCUCUUUCUUUUUGUCUCUCUCUCUCUCUUGCUGUGCUUUCUAUAAUUUGAAUCAUGUUGUACUUGCUAUCUAUUGCGUCUAUUGAGAUUUUCUCAUAAUAGACGAAUAAAAAGUGUCUUGGAAGGAUGCAUGUGUUCUGGUCA